UUUCUUGGUCGUCGCCAGCAACGAACGUACACUGUUUGUACAUAGAGGAACUAGCAGUUUGGCCAGUCAGAGCCUGACAAAAGCGAUUUUAUAAAGCUGUACGUCAUGUGCUGAGUUUCCACAUCUGGUUUUAUACGGCCCUAGGUAGACGCGUAGCCGUCUUCUGUCGGCAUGAAUCUCGGGGACGGCCUGCUUUUUGAACUUGAAAAUGGAAAACCCAAGUUGAUUUUGCUAAGUCAUGGUGUUGAUAAAAAUCCAGCAAAGCUGUCCUUCAGGCCUGGAGCAGCAAACAUCCUCAGCUGCCGGCAGACCUCCUGUGUGUCAGAUGUACAGGGGGAGGAGCGUCCACCCCGACAGCUGGCAAUGAGGCACAGAGGGGCCAGGAGUAAGGCAGGAGGAGCAGGUGCAUCUGUCACCUCCAAUACUGAAGGGAAGAGUGCCAGCUUGACUUCAAUAAAAACACAUGAUCAUCACAAAGUUGGCAUCGUCAAAGCUGUGGCCAAGGUGAAGUCAGACAGGCAGAAACACAGUAUUACUCUUGGGCCCCUGAGAGCCGGUGAGAAAACGGGACAAACGGGAAACACUAGGACUCGAGGAGCUGGAAAGGCAGGAUUUAAAGACCCAGCAGCCAGUAGGGAUGCAGCACUGAAGGACAGCAUGGUGUGUCUGACCAGUGAGCAGCUGCAGCACAUCCUCAGCACUGUCCAGACCUCCAACAACGUGCAGCACCCACCAGAGGAUGACAAGACUCAAGGAAGCAAUGGAAAUCAAACAACCUCGAAAUCUGGCUACUCACAGAAUGGAGGAGGAGGAGGAGGCAAUAUGAGGGAGGAAGAUGGAGGAGAAGCGGAGGGAGUAAAGAAAGGAGAUGGAGAAGGAACAGAUUCAAUGGGAACUUCACAACAGAAAGGCAACAAGUUGUCUGGAGGUUUGUUCAGCUGGCUGGAAGAGCGACAGUCAGACAGCAAGGCAGCCAUGGAAGCUAAGAAGGCUAAGUGGAAGAAAGAACUCGGUACGUACAGGGAAUGGGCAAUAGACAAACAUAAGGAAUGUAAAAUAAUGAGACAGGUGCUGCAUGCUGAGGAGGACACACAGAGUGUGUUAUCAGUGCAGAGCUCGAUCAGCCACAAACAGCAGCCGCCAGCCAUCAGAUCCAGCCUCAGACUCGGGGAGGUCACUCCGAUGGAGGAGGAGAUGCUAAGUGUGGAGAGGAGAGAAGAGCAGAGGAGGUGCUGGUUGGAGGAGCUGGACCGUCAGAGAGAGGAGAUGACUGAGCGCAGGAGACGAGAGAAAGUGCUGCAGAGUCAGGUGGAGGACCACGAGCUCUGGGCUACACAUUUUGACUCGCUGCAGAGGAGGCCGCCUGUCCAGCCUGCAGUUUCAUCAGCGCUGCCACCGGCUCAGUUCAGCAGCUCUGAACGGGGAGAGUGGGAGCCCUUGUCAAGCCUUUCCCUCAUCUGGGAUGCUACGAGCAGCUGUGGGGCAGACAGUGUCGCAGGAAACAGUGUGGAUACAACCCGUGGGUACCCAACCAGGACCAGCUAUCUGAGGACCAUGACCUCCCUGUUGGAUCCUGCCCAGAUAGAGGAGAGAGAGCGGAGGAGGCUAAAACAGCUUGAACAGCAGCGAGCUAUCGAAGCCCAAGUGGAGGAGCGUCGUCUGCAAAGGGAACGAGAGGAGGCGAAGAGGAGACAGGAGGAGGAGGAAGAAGAGAGGAGGGUGGUGCUGGAAAGGGAAAUGCUGCAGAGACAGUAUGAGAUGGACACACUGAAGGAGAGGGAAAAGGAGCAAUCAAUCAAUCAGGAGGAGCAGCUAAAAAAAAGCAGCCAUGAUGGCAGAUUGCAUCAGGAACUGGAGUCCAACGCAGUUACCAGGCAGGCUGAAGAUUUGGAGGACACCAGCACUUCGGUUUCCUCUUACAAAGACGCUGCUGUACAGACAGAAGCUGGUCCUUCUCUGCCGCUCAGAGCUCAGACUCCAGAUGUCUCAGCGCAGCCUCCUCCAUCUCUGCCCACUGCUGCUCCCCCUCCAAACAGCAGGAGCAGAGCGUUGAGAACAGGGAAGGAGAACAUUUGUCUGCCAGCAGGACGAGACCCAUAUGAGCCGUUUGCCAGGACAGAGAAGAGCAGGAGGGACAAGAGGAGACCUGAGUGGAACACUCAGAGGCCAAACCGUCAAUUCGUUCCAGCCUCAGAGCGUUACCCAGCUGCUCUGCAGAGGAACAGACAGGAGAGUCGACUAAAGAGGCAAGCUGAGCUCCUCGCUCUGCAGGAGAGGACCUGUCUGCCGAGGACUGACCCUCCUCUUCCUCCUCCACCCCAGGAGCUUCGCCUGUGCCCCGACAUCAUGCAAACCAGAACCAGUCCCACCAGGAAGGUGGAAACCAACUCCAGAGGGCACAUCAUCUCCACAGGCUUAAACACUGAAAGAGGGCGCUCUCCUCCUGUCCCUGCAGUUAAACACAGAGCGCAGAAUCAGCAUGCCUCCAAUACUCUUCCUCUUGUCUCGGAGUUCAUUCCUUACGUCAGGACUGAUGAAGUCUUCAACCUGGACCCUCUGGAGCCCGCGGACACUCCUCCACCCCUCACAGAUUCAGGAGCGCCUCCUCCAUCACAUCGAGACCCCCUCCUCCACCCAGAGCUGCUUCGUAACACCCACACACACCGACAGCAGGAGAUCCUCAGAGGCCUGGCUCAGCUCCGCCAGGGUUUGUUACUGAAGCAGCGGGAGCUAGAGUCAGAUCUGAAUCCUUCCCGGAAGCAUCACGACGAGCACCGGAUUCCCUCAACAUCACACCGCACGUGACCUCCGACCUGUGUCAAAUAAAACCUCAGCACUCUCAUGUGAGUGCAUUUA